AUGGCAUUACUGGUUGCGAGGCUCCUUGUCUUUAUGUUUCUAUUCAGAGAAAGACACAGUUCGGCAGCUACUCUGGAUAGUUGUACUUUUCUCGGAGAAGAAGAGAAAAACAGUUUAUAUGAAGAUGGUGAUGUAGUUAUUGGGGGCCUAUUCCCUCUACAUUACAGCCCUGUGCCCUCUGUUCUUACAUAUGCAGUAAAACCAACACCUAAUGCUUAUAAUUAUUUCAGUGCUCGUGCCCUACGCUGGAUGCAGACAAUGACUUUUGCGAUAAAAGAGAUCAAUCAACGCACUGAUCUCCUACCACAACUCAAACUUGGUUUCCACAUCCGUGACAGCUGUAAUGAUAUACCUGUUUCUUUGAGAGCAUCCUUUCUAUUGGUGAAUGGACAGCCGGAGAGAGGUCUCGCAACUGAGAGUGUGAAGAGAAAUACGAUUAGUGAUGAAGCCACUGACUUAGGAUGUGCUGCUGUAAAUAGAACUGUGUCCUCAGUAAUCAUAGGCGAUGCUGGUUCUGGUGUUUCUAUGGCUUUGCUACGAAGUCUGGGUUCUUUCCGAAUUCCACUGGUGAGCUAUUUUGCUUCCUGCAGCUGCCUGACUAAUCAAAGGGAAUUUCCCACUUUCAUGAGAACAAUGCCUAGUGAUGCCUUCCAGAUAAAAGCCCUAGCCCAGCUGGUUCGUUAUUUUGGCUGGACUUGGGUGGGAGUCAUCGGUGUGGAAUCCGAUUACGCCCGCUUUGCCAUCCAGCUAUUCCUUCAGGAAUCCGUGCACUAUGGUGUGUGUGCUGCCUACACACAUUUGUACCCUGAAGGCCUAAGUCACAUGGAUCUUGACAGGCUUCUGAAUGUUAUACAGAUGACAUCUUCAAAAGUCAUCAUAAAUUUUUCUGGUGAGGCACAUAUGGAGGGCAUUCUAAGAGAGAUGCAACGUCAAAAUUUAACUGGCUUUCAAUGGAUUGCCAGCGAGGCCUGGUCUACUGCCAAGUCACUUUGGGAAAAAUCUGCCAAUCUUCUAAAGGGAACCCUAGGAUUUGCCAUACAGAGAGCUUCUGUAAUACCAGGGCUGCAUGACCAUCUUGUGGACCUCACGCCAUCAGCAAUUUAUAAAUUAUCUUUCUUGGCAGAAUUCUGGGAGGAAACAUUUAAUUGUCAACUAAAUGGGUCUGUAAACACCCAUUAUCAUGGGUUGGGAAGUUAUCAAGGCAGAGAACCAUGUAAAGGGACUGAAAUUUUAAAUAACGUUUACUCUCCUUAUUCUGAUGUGACACAGCUACGAGUUUCCUAUAAUGUGUACAAAGCUGUAUACCUUGUAGCAUAUGCCUUGCAAGAUAUGAGUAAUUGCAAAGCUGGAGAGGGGCCUUUCCUGAAAAAAACUUGUGCAGAUCCCAAACAUUUUAGCCCCUGGCAGCUUCUCCACUACAUGAAGCUGGCAAAUUUUUCUGCACUAGGAGAGAAAGUCAACUUUGAUCAGAAUGGUGACCCAAUUGCUUACUAUGACCUCAUGAACUGGCAGAGGGGGCCUGACGGAUCUUUAAAUUUGGUUAAAGUGGGUUUCUAUGAUGCCUCACUUUCCGCUGGAGGCAGCUUGGUCAUAAAUGACUCAAUGAUUAUGUGGCCAGUUGGAAAGCAGGCUUUCCAGUCUGUGUGCAGCAACAGUUGUCCUCCAGGUUUUCGUGUUGCCAGGAGAAAGGGGGAGCCUAUCUGCUGUUAUGACUGUGUCCCCUGUGCUGAAGGAGAAUUUAGUAAUACAACUGAUUCUUUAGAUUGCUCACUUUGCUCUGAAGACACAUGGCCCAAUAAAGCCAGAGAUCUCUGCAUCCCUAAAACAAUGGAGUAUCUUUCUUUCUACGAGUUCAUGGGUGUUCUGCUCUGUGCUGCCUCAAUUUUAGGAGCUUGUAUUUCCCUUGUAAUAAUUGCCAUAUUCUACAUAUAUAAAGAAACAGCUCUGGUUCGAGCAAACAACAUGGAAUUGAGCUUCCUGCUUUUGGUAUUUCUCACCAUCUGUUUCCUUGUUGGUCUACUGUUCCUUGGUAAGCCUUCUGACUGGCUCUGUCGGAUCAGAUAUCCAGCAUUUGGGAUCAGUUUUGCACUCUGCCUUUCAUGCCUCCUGGCCAAGACAGGUGUGGUCCUAAUAGCUUUUAGGUCCAGAUUACCAGGAAGUAAUGCUAUGAAAUGGUUUGGAAUCAAACAGCAAAGAGCCAGUGUGCUUUUGGGAACUAGCAUACAGGUUCUGGUCUGUGUUAUUUGGCUACUUACCAGUCCACCUCAUGCCAAUUACAAUACAGAUUACCACAGCUCUACAAUCAUCAUUGAAUGUGCGACGGGUUCAGACCUUGAGUUUUGGCUCGUUCUUGGAUACAUCGGAAUCCUGGCUUGCAUGUGCCUCGUGAUGGCCUUUUUGGCACGAAAGCUGCCUGAUAAUUUCAACGAGGCCAAGUUUAUCACCUUCAGCAUACUAAUUUUCUUUGCUGUUUGGGUUACUUUUAUUCCAGUUUAUAUGAGCGCUGUUGGAAAGUACACUGUAGCUGUGCAUGUUUUUGCUAUUUUUGCCUCAGCUCUAGGACUUCUGUUUUGCAUUUUUACCCCAAAGUGCUAUGUAAUAUUGCUGAAACCUGAAAAGAACAGUAAAAAACAAAUAUUGCAAAGGUAAAAAGAAGCAACUGCAACACAUGCAAAACUGUGAGGGACUCGACGACUCAUAAAACUGUUUCAAGAACACACAAAAAAAAUUGUGGU